ACCCGGAUUUAGAAAAACUUUCCCCUUACGAAUGCGGGUUUGACCCGCUUGGGUCAGCACGCCUACCUUUUUCUAUUCGCUUUUUCUUAGUUGCAAUUUUAUUCCUUCUGUUUGACCUAGAGAUUGCACUUCUACUUCCUCUUCCUUGGGGGAAUCAACUUCUUUUCCCUCUUCAUACCUUAAUCUGGGCUUCUGUGGUAAUCAUGCUUUUAACACUUGGAUUAAUUUAUGAGUGAGUUCAAGGAGGCUUAGAGUGAGCAGAAUAAGUGCUUAGUUUAAACAAAACAUUUGAUUUCGGCUCAAAAAACGCGGUUAAAGUCCUCAAGCAUUUAAAAUGACAGCGAUCCACCUAGUUAUCUCAAACUGCUUCCUACUGGGGUUAAUCGGCCUAUCAUUUCACCGAACCCAUCUAUUAUCAGCCCUCCUCUGCCUCGAGGGAAUAAUACUUUCACUUUUCUUAGCUAUUUCUAUUUGAACUUUACAAUUAGACUCACCUAAUCUAUCGUCAGCCCCAAUACUACUUCUAGCAUCUUCAGCAUGUGAAGCAGCAGUAGGAUUGUCCCUUCUUGUGGCCACUUCUCGUACACAUAACUCUGAUCACUUAAAAACCUUAAAUAUCCUACAAUGUUAAAAAUCUUGAUCCCAACACUAAUACUUCUACCCACUAUUUGAUUAACUCCUUUUAAAUGACUUUGAUCCGCAACUCUAACUCAUAGUGCUACUAUUACAUUAAUUAGUCUAUACUGAUUAAAAACAUGUGAGACAGGGUGAACAGAAACCGGUGUACUUUUAGCAACAGAUUCAAUCUCAACCCCAUACUUAGCCCUUUCUUGCUGGUUAACACCUUUGAUGAUCUUAGCAAGCCAGUACCAUAUAUUGGAUAACCCUCACCCCCAGCAACGGGUGUUUCUUAUAACUCUAGUUACCCUUCAGAUCCUUUUAAUUUUAGCAUUUAGUGCUUGUAAUUUAAUUGUAUUUUAUCUAAUGUUCGAGGCCACCAUUAUCCCUAUUAUCUUAAUUACUACACGAUGAGGUAAUCAACCGGAACGCCUAAAAGCAGGUGAUUACUUAGUAUUUUACACUUUAGUCGGGUCUUUGCCCCUCCUUGUGGUCCUGUUACUAAUAGAAAAUAUUACAGGAAGCUUAUCUUUGCUUAUCGAAUACAUCCCUUUUGUCACAGACACAACUAUUGCAAGUAAAUUCCUGUGAGCAGCUACAACUUUAAGUUUUUUAGUUAAAAUGCCGAUAUAUGGUGUUCAUUUAUGACUUCCUAAAGCCCAUGUAGAGGCCCCGAUCGCAGGAUCUAUAGUUUUAGCGGCUGUGCUUUUAAAACUGGGGGGCUACGGGCUAAUUCGAGUUAUGGACCUCUUAGGCCCUAAUUCCAAAGGAUUUGCUUUACCAUUUAUUGUUAUUGCCCUUUGAGGUGCUGUAAUAGCAGGAUCUAUCUGCAUACGGCAAACAGAUAUUAAAGCCUUAAUCGCAUAUUCUUCUGUAAGCCAUAUGGGUAUAGUUAUCGCUGCUAUCCUUAUCCAAACCCCUUGAGCACUUAAGGGGGCAAUAAUUUUGAUAUUCGCCCACGGCCUUGUCUCUGCAUCAUUGUUUUGUCUAGCUAAUUUUUACUACGAGCGAACUAACAGUCGGACUUUGCUUUUAGCUCGAGGUAUACAAGUAAUCUUCCCAUUUUUAGGCGCAUGAUGACUUUUAAGUAUCCUGGCCAAUGUAGCUCUUCCACCUUUGCCAAAUUACUCAGCAGAAUUAUUUAUUGCUACUUCUUUAUUUAAAUGAUCACCUUGAACUUUCGUAUUCGUUGCAUUAGGGUUGUUUAUUACUGCUGUAUAUUCUUUCUUUAUAUUCCUUAUCUCCCAACGGGGCCCGGUUUCCCAACAAUUCAUCGAACAAGAUUUAGCUUCAAUACGUGAACACUUGCUUACUGCCAUUGUUCUUCUUCCAUUAGUGUUCCUUAUCUUCAAACCCCAUUUAAUUUGAGGUUUUAACCAUU